AAUUUAUCCGUAAAUUACACCAAAAUGGAGCUGAGAGGUGACCUCGGAGAAAUUCCUCCUAAAAGAACAGGUCAUGUCGCUGUUGCCUUCAACAGAGCGAUGAUAGUGUGGGGAGGUUAUCAGGAUAACAGUGACUCAAACCCAAUGCAAAUGGAGGUGGAACGUUACUUACCGGCCACAGAUAUUUGGAUUUAUCACACUGAUAUUGACCAAUGGCGCAAACUAACCACAAGAGGUGAUGUUCCCCCAGGUACCUCUGGGGCCUCGGCUGUUCAGAUCAACCACAAAAUGUAUGUCGCUUGUGGUCACUGUGAUGGUAUUGGCAAUACCAACAAAGUAUAUAGACUUGACCUUGAGACACUAAAAUGGGAGUCCAUCACAACUGACAUUGGACCUUCCCCUAGGGAUAAAUGCUCAAUAUGGGAAUAUAGAGAUGAGAUUUAUUUAUUUGGAGGAUUUGGAUAUGAUCCAGUGGAUUAUCUGAAUGAGGAUGGGGAAUAUACAAAGGAUUUGGUUGGUGCAGAGUGGGGGAGUUACAGAGGUUGGAACAACCAGUUGCAUGUGUUUGAUCCUGGCACUAGAAAGUGGAGAAAUCCAAGAUGUAAGGGUCCUAAGCCCCUCCCUAGAGCUGCAGUGGGAGCUUCAAGAUGUGGUAAUAAAGCUUAUAUAUUUGGAGGGAGACACAUUGAUGAACGGCUGAAUGAUUUGCAUAUCCUCAACCUUGACACUUUGACUUGGUCAGGCAUAAUGGCUUCAACUGGGAGUGUUCCAGAGGGUAGAUCUUGGCAUACAUUCACAGCAGUCAGUGAUACACAUAUAUUUCUGUAUGGGGGGUUCACUACGCAAAGAGAUCCUAAAAGUGAUGGAUGGCUAUUAGACACAAGGACAUUGUUAUGGACACAACUAAAUGUACCACUAACCAACCCAAGAUUAUGGCAUACAAUGGUGCGUACAUCAGAGGAUGACAUUCUCAUAUAUGGGGGAUGUUGUAACAACAUUCUGGACCAUACACAAAAAAUGGUUCACAGUUUUAAUGUUCUGGUGUACAGGUUCUCUCCAAGAUCUCUAUUAAGGAUGUGUCUUGAAUGUGCAUUUACCAAUAGGAAGCAGUUGAAGAAGGACUGGGAAAAUUUGCCUAAAUCUCUCACUGGAAUUCUCACUCAUAAACUUGAGGCUAUUGAACUGAAUAAAGCAAGUGGCAGCUAACACAACAUGUGUCCAUCAUGACACAUUGAAAUGUCAUGACACAUUGAAAUCUCAUGAUUCCCAAAUUACCAUAAGCUUUCAAAUUUAAUGUUAACUAUAUCACAGGUUGGAACUCAUUUUACUAUAACAUUUAGCAGUGUAACAAGUCGGCAAUCAUUUUACUAUUACAUUUAGCCGUAUAUCAUGUUCGGAUAAGCCAGGUGUUCAGAUAUACAGGUUUUACUAUAUAUAAAACAAAAAUUUUAAUAUCUCAGGAUUCAGAUGUUAGAAGGGUCUUAUUUUUCAGUUGUAAUACCAAAUACCCGUAUGACCCAAAAAGAGUUUAUGUCUUAG